AUGGCCAAGACUGCCAUGACCCCGGAGGAGCAGCUGGAGGACCUCCAGCGGCGCUUCCAGCUCCUAGAGGGAGAAAGGAAGGCAACCUAUGAGACCGCCAAGCUGAACAUACAGCAGAACAAGGAAAUCAUCGGCCAGAUGAAAGAUGAGAAUAAGACGCUGCGGAAUCAGAUCGCGUCGCUGCGAGACGAGAAGCCUCAGAGCCUGGAGAAGAUUCUGGAGGCCACGAUGCACGAAGUACAGCAGAUGCAGAGGAGAUAUGACCUGCUGAAGAACGAGAACAACAAGAAGCGGGGUCACCUGGACCAGCUGGACAUCAAGAAGGGCGAGCUCUUGGUGGGCGCCACGAUGCACGGGUCCGAGGCGAGUCCGGAGAUGCGGCACAUCCGGGUCCUGGAAAACCGCCUGGACAAGGUAAUGAUCAAGUACAACGAGGCGCAGAGCAUCCGAAAGACCUACGAGGCCAUCGUGAAGCGCCUCCGGGACGAGCGCAUCGGCUUCGACAAUCAGCUUGCGGCCAUCGAGCGCACUCUGAAGGCCAAGGAGCGGGACUAUGAAGAGCUCUUGUUGCUGUCUCACGACGCCUACCACGCGAAGGAGAUGGCGCAGGCGGAGCUGCAUAGAUUCGAGCAGGGUGUCAUGGAGGAGCGGAACCAGCGGGACAAGGAGGUGCAGGAGAAGAAGAUCCUGGUGGAGCAGCGCGUGGAGAUGAACAAGCGCCUGGAGUUGCGGGAGAAGAGUUUGAAGCAGCAGCCGGAGGAGAAAGGCAACGAGCGCCUCAAGGAGGCCUCCGUCGUCUCCGAGUUCACUGCAGGCUACUCUGGCGACGCCGCGCAGGAGGAGUUGCAGAAGAUCAUGGAUUACAAGGAAGCAGUCCAGGCCAUCAAGGACGCCACAGGCGUCAGUGAUGCCAAUGAGAUCAUUCAGAAGUUCCUCACACAGGAGGAUACGCAAAAGAAUCUGCAGCAGCUGACAAAGGAGAAUCAAGAAACCAUCGACAGGCUCACGGAGGACCGACGGCGCCUGCGCCUGCAGGUGGAAGACCUGAAGUUCUCCAGCGGUGGCCAGGGUGGCAGGCGCCAGGCCAUCGACGACUUUGAGCUGCACUUGGGCGAGGCCACGGAGAAGUUCGAGCGGAAUCGCGGGAAGUUCGAGCGCGUGGCCAGGCUGCUGAUCGACAUGAAGGCGGGCAUCGGCCACCUUGCCGAGAAGCUCCACGUUGUCAAGCUGGACGGGGAGGCCAUGGUGGAUCCAAAUGACGAGAAGGUGGAGGUGGAGCACGUGCUGGAGCAAUGCGAGUUGAAGAUCUCGAAGCUCCUGAGCCUCACGGCUCCCCUGGAGGAGGUCAGCGACCGCCAGCGGCGCCUGGACGACGAGCGCUACGAGGAGAAGCUGAUGAUGCGGAGCCAGUCAGAGGCUCGGAUCAAGCUCACAGUGCAGGAGGAGGAGCACGACGAUGACGACGACGACCUGGACGAGGAGCUGGACGACGAGGUGUCCCACCGGAAGCAGAUCAAGUACAACAGCGAGCGGGUGGAGCAGCAGCAGCAGAUUCGAAACAAGAGGAAGGCCAAGGGCAAGAAGAAAGAUGCCUGA